AAUGCAGGUGAUUCGUCAAAUCAUACAAAUCCUCGAUUUAGUGGCCACCAACAUGGCGGGUAAGGCUCUCGCCAUUUCGCUUACCUCCGUGUAUCCUACAACUGCGCUACAUUGUCGCAAUGCGUUUACUAGACGUUGAUACGCUCGAGCUGCACGAGUUUAUGGGCAGCAAUAUCCCAAAGUACCGAUAUGCUAUUCUUUCACACACCUGGGCCGAAGAGGAGGUGAGCUUGCAGGAUUUGCAGGCAGGGACCGGCCCCUCCAAACGGGGCUACGAGAAAGUUGCUCUCACUUGCGAGCAGGCGAAGCAACACGGCUGUAAAUGGGCUUGGGUCGACACAUGCUGCAUCGAUAAGACAAGCAGUGCUGAACUCAGCGAAGCUAUCAAUUCAAUGUAUCAAUGGUACGAAGAGUCCGCCGUGUGCUACGCUUAUCUUAUAGAUGUGGAAGAUAAUUUUCCAUAUACCUCCCUUCCGAAUCAAGAUGGUGAUGGACCACUUGCCUCCAGAUGGUUUACUAGAGCCUGGACGUUGCAGGAGCUAAUUGCGCCGUCGAAUAUUAUCUUCUACGGUCGUGGGUGGGCGGAGAUAGGCAGGCCAUCUGAACAAUGGAUUCGAGAUGCCCUCACGCACGUCACGGGGAUUCCGGAGUCUCUUAUAUCCACACCCAAGUCCUCCUUAUCACAUUAUAGCGUCGCCCAAAAAAUGUCUUGGGCGGCUCACAGGUUGAGCACUCGCAUUGAAGACAUAGCGUAUUCUCUGCUGGGAAUUUUCGAGAUUAAUAUGCCGCUCCUCUACGGCGAAGGCCCUAAGGCUUUCGUCAGGCUACAGGAAGAGAUCCUUAAGGAUACGGAUGAUCACUCGCUCUUGUGCUGGACCGUUCCAAGAUUUAGCCCUAGAGCAUGGUCGCUAGAAAGCGUGCUCGCAAAAUCCCCUAAUGAUUUCGCAGAUUCCGGAAAUAUCGCUGGGAAUCUUUACGACACAGGUUCUCCAUCCGCAAUGACCAACAGAGGACUUCAGAUUCACCUUGAACUCACAAAUCGACACUACAACGAACAUUCUCAUUUAUAUUUUAGGAACGCUGCUGUCUACGAUGGCAGGAUCAAUGCUGGCUAUUGGGAGUCCAAUACUUCUGUAGGCCAGGUGUCGACAGUGCUAAUCAGAACACCACAAAUUACACAGCGCCAUUCCCGGUCGAUUAAUAGAUACGCCAGAUUGGCAACACCAACACUUGGACGAUGCAGUUUACGGGGACUCAAUGGACAGAACGUCACGGAUCAGAUAUAUAUCAACAAAACACUCCUUUCCUGGGAACAGAAUCGUUUCGGUUCCGGGGGUGUUCAUCUACAAAACAUCCCCAUUGCGAUAGGUAUUGCACCAUUAUUCAUAGCAUCAGCAUACGAUCCUUCCUUUCGAUUCCAAAUUAAGACGGUAUACUUUUCUGGAUUACAGAAACCUUUAGACUCAGCCACACCAAUUGCGGUAUUUCCAACAGGAGAGAUAACGUGGUCUCCAAUUUAUGGCUGUAUCACGUUUGGAUUUGGAUUCCGGCAAUCACUAGAAUGCCCUUACUUUGUAAAUUUCGCCGUGGAAUCUGAAUAUGGAUCACAGCGAUUCAAUAUUUUACUCGUCUGGAAUAACGAAUACAUACACUUCGGCGUUGGCUCAAGUGAGUCUUCGUUAUUUGACCUAUCUCGGCCGUCUCAUUCACAGGCCGGUAUAAUGCUCCAGGGUAUGUUAGAUCCGUCUAAUCCUUCAACGCAUCGAGGAAAUUGCUGGGAGAUGUAUGGCGAGAUAGCUAGAGCAAGGAAAUUCGUGGACAGGGGCGUAUUGAAUGCACGUGGACUCUCUGUAGUCGAGUUCAUUCUGAAACGCGAAAACCCUUAUAGCGACGAUGGGGAGGCGGCGGGUAACCGUUUGCAUUUCCUAAUCCGGGCGCAACGAGUAGAAUAGGGAGUCUACAACACGCCGAGCGUACCUGAAUUGCAUCUCCUAUAUUAACUAUGUUAUGCUCCAAGACGAGCAUAUUCCUUAUUGAACGCCCUGCCGAUAAC